UAAUCUAUCAAACACAGGUUCACACACUUUUGAUAAAUGAAAAAAUAUUAUUAUUUACUCAAAUGCAUACCCGAGUUAUUUGACAUCGAAAUUAAAAUUGCUUUUGUUGAAGUAAUAAUUUUUGAUGAAUAAUGAAGUAAUAUCUUUUCAAGGGUAUGAUGAUAUGUUUUUAAGUGUGAACCGGGAUUCAUCAUCUAUAACUACAAUACAAAAUCUGUUUUAUUGUACCUUCGUUUCAAAACAUAUCUAAUGCUAUUCCGUACGCAUAUUAGAACGGUUACGCUGAUGCCUUCGCGACAAGGGAGCGCGUGCGAAUCUCGCCCUUUGUUUGGUUAUGGCCGUAUUUGAAGCCAGACGUAAAACUUGGUAGAUAAUCGCCCUCAGUCACAGUGCACAUGCCUUGAACGCUACAAACCUUGCAUUUCAUAGAGGUGUUCUUGCCUUUGUGUUUGUGUGCCUGAAAAUACCAGAAAUAUUAUUUAUUUCGUGGUUGCAUUUUAUGUAAUUACAAAUGCUCUCUAACAUUCCAUUCGAUGUGCAACAAGGACUGAGAGGAGCGGAUUAGAGGUUAGAUGGCUUGGGGUAAAACACGACCUUAAACUUCCUUUAUUGAAGAGAUGCCUCCGAAGUACAAAUUUCAAGAAGGGGAAAAAGUGCUUUGUUUUCAUGGCCCUUUAAUUUAUGAAGCAAAAUGUCUUGAAUCAGAGGUAAAAGACAAACAAGUCCGAUAUUACAUACAUUAUGCAGGAUGGAAUAAAAAUUGGGAUGAGUGGGUGCCUGAAAGCAGAGUUUUAAAAUAUAAUGAGGCAAAUGUUCAAAAACAGAAAGAAUUACAGAGAGCCCAUAAAGCAAAUCCCCAGAAGACAAAGAAAUCAACAAAAGCUCGUAAGUCAGAAGGUGGAAAAGAUGCUGAUAGUAGAGCAUCAACACCCUCAACUGAAAAGUCAACAUCUGCAAAAGUCAAAGGUUUGUCUUCUACCCCAUCUUCAUCUCAAGAUUCAUCUUCUGAUGUACCACGAAAGAAAAGAGGACGACUGGAUCCUACUGUUGAAACUGAAGAACAGUUUCUUACAAAAGUGGAAGUGAAAGUUAAAAUUCCUGAUGAAUUAAAACCAUGGCUAGUUGAUGAUUGGGAUCUUAUAUCACGCCAGAGGAAGUUGGUUAACUUACCCGCCAAAGUGCCUGUGGAUCAGAUUAUUGAAAAUUACAUAAAGCACAAAAUUUCCAGUAAAAGUAAUACUCCAAACAAAGAAAGUGCAUUAAUCGAAGUAACGAAUGGAAUUAAAGAAUAUUUUAAUGUCAUGUUGGGCACUCAACUACUUUACAAGUUUGAAAGACCUCAAUAUGCUGAGAUUUUACAAACUCACCCAGACACUCCAAUGAGUAAGAUAUACGGAGCAAUUCAUCUUUUAAGAUUAUUUGUAAAAUUGGGUAGUAUGUUGGCAUACACACCCCUUGACGAGAAGAGUAUUCAGUUGCUUCUCACUCACAUUCAGGACUUUUUAAGGUACCUCCACAAAAAUACUGCAAGUCUCUUCAGCUUACAGGAUUAUGGCAUUGCACCACCAGAAUAUCACAGAAAAGCAAUUUAACUUAGAUAAAUAUUAGGUUAAGUGGGGCCAGAUUAUUUGAUCAUGUCAAUGUACAUUUAUAUUUUAAUUAAUUAAUAUUAUUGAAUGUGAUAUGUGUAUCACUGAACACUUACAUUGUAGAUUAUAAACUUAGAUUGGAUAAUUUUGAUUGUGUUCAAUAAACUUUUGUUUGUAAAAAAAGUGAAUCUGUCAUCAGUGAACAAUCUCAGGCACAAAUUUGUGAAUGAGUUAAAUAGGCGAUUGCCAGAGUGGAGCUUUUGAAGUAUCAAAUUUCUGCAAUUAAAGUUAUCUUACAUAUUUAUAUAUAGCAACACAAUUUGUGUAGACUAGUAUUUUGUUAAUUUUAUAUCUCUACAAAAAAUAAUGUAGAAUGUCGUUCCAAAAAAAACAACCAGCUAUUUAAAAUCAAAACAUUUUUAUCUACUCUUGUACAAAGUUUUCUAAAGUCUUUGGUCUAUGCUAGUUUUCAGUCUUGCCCAAUCCUCUUGCCAGCUGACAAUUAUCGCUGACCAAAGUACUUUUAUUUUACUUUCACAAUUUUACAAUUUCUUAAUAGAAAGAACCAAAAGAUUACUUUAAAAAUAUUAAAGAAGAAUAAUAUCUUUCUUAUUGGAAAAUUAUCAUUGAAACUCUUGGAGAAAUUUGUAAAAAAAUUUCUUAAACUGUUACUGGAAAUGCCAAAUUUUCUCAAGCUCUUUUACUCGAAACACUUUGAGAUUUUGAGAAAAAAUUCAUUUGAAACACUUCCACUUACAAAUGCAAUAAUAUAAAAUCUGGUGCAAUUUUUGAAAAAAUGGCGUUUGUGCAUUUCCAAAACUGGAAAAUUCAGCUCAUUUUCACAGAAAACAGAGUUUUCGAGUAAUUUUAUAAUACAUCAAUUGAAGCAUAUCUAUUUGUA